CUUUUGAUUCGGCUAGGGUCUUUAAGAUUAUUGAUUAUCAAGCCCAAAAAUGAAGAUUUGGUUGCUGUUGGUGGUAUUGAGUUUUGCAUUGCUUGAUUCAUGCUGCCAAGCUGGAUUGUGUCCAAUAUCCCUGCCCCAAAAUGUCCCGUGGUAUUCGCCAUGCAAAUCGUUCCGUGGUACUUCCCUGUUUAACCAACGAGUACACUAUGGGAUCGAGAAACCAACCGAAUCGAUGCCAUUUGCUCGUCUCAAGCAUGGGAUUGUUAGUCUCACAGCUAUACUAAUCAAAGAUCCAUUCCUGAAGUUCCAUGCAGAUAAAUGGCGGGGGCUCGCUGUGUUUAACGAAGCAGCGAGAUCUUCGUACAUGUUAUCGAAAGUCUUUGCUCCAACAAUUCCGACCAUGAAUGAGUUCUCGUCUAUUGCAGAGCAUUUUAAAAGAAAACCGAAGCUUCUUUUACAUGGCUACGCAAAGAUACCAUCCGAUCAAGAGCCAUUUGACAAAUCCAAGACUGAUUGGAUGUCAGAUCAACAUUUUGCUGAUCAAAGACUGGCUGGAACUAAUCCAAUGAAUCUAAAUAAGAUAACUUUCUCUGGUGAAAUGGGAGUAAACUGGAAUGAAUUGAAAUCAACAUUGAACGAAAAGUUUGAAUGGGAGAGCGUUGUCUCAAAAGCAUUGAAUGGAAUGCCCUUUGACACGGCCAUCGAAGAAGGACACCUUUAUGUCCUACACCACCCUUAUGGCGAUGACUUGAUGACGCUGGCCGAUGAGGUAGACAAGGAUCCUAAAAGAAAGAUGUGGAAAUUCAUGUCUCCGAUUGCUCUCUUUGCAUCCGUACCAUCCAAGGAUUCUUCCUCUGAGCAAAUCUGGCAAAAUUACUAUGAAUUAGUAAUAUCAUUGACAGGAAUGGUCUUGGCUUGUUCUCCUGUCUAUACCCCAAACGACGGUGACUUGUGGACCUUAGCCAAACUCAAUGUUCAGCUCACAGACUUGGAGGUCAGUCAGAUUGUAGAACAUCUUAGCAAAGUUCACUUCAUAGCCGAAGGAUUGUGUGUAAGUGUGGAGAGACAGUUAUCUUAUCAGCACCCACUCUACGUCAUCAUGAGGUACCACUGCCGCGGAGUGCUCGUGGCCAACACAUAUGGUGGACCAGUUCUGUUGGCUGAUAAUCUAAAGCUUGAUAGUUUAUUCCCUUAUGGUUAUAAGGGAGCCAACGAACUUGUAGCCAAGACUGCGAAGAG